AUGGCUGCCCGAACUCCUUCCAUCGCCCGCAACUCGUUCCGGGCCCGCGCGAUUAAGUGUGAUAAAGUAGUCCCUUGCUCCAGCUGCAGCGCUCUUGGAAUCGCCUGUGGUCCGACAGGGCUGACAGAAGUUAGUGAGCAAAGGUUCUCGGCAAUCCAAGAACAAUUAGCAACCAUUCAGCAAGCACUCCAUCAGAUAACGAAGCCAUCAACUUCAGUACAGCCAGAUUCUCACCCCAUAGCCACCGGCCCAACAGCUCCUCCGUUUGAGGGACAGUCAUCUUUCCAUCAUGAGACCCUUGUAGCCAGGGACGCAGCAUAUUCUGCUGCUAAUACUGCCCGAGAUGGACAGGUUGGGGAUUAUGUCUCUGCUGCGCUCUCCUCUCUAAAAAGUAGCCUCGAUAGGCACAAUCACGCCAUGAAUCGGAGUGGAGCACAAUCACCUGCACAACUAAAUCAGACAUUGCUUCCUGUAGAUCUGGUCGUAGCAGUGGUGAAGAAGGUUAAAUCUCAACCUCCUUUCUUCCUGGUCAGUCAAUCUUGGUUAGACUCCACCCGCGUGGAACAUCUAUGCCAGUCGAUAUAUUUCCCGCUAGAUCCUGUGCCACCUGGCUCGCUCACACUCUUCUAUGGUAUACUUUUUUAUGUGAUCCGCGAUUAUCUUCAUGCAGGAGAUCCCGACCUGGCACACUUUGACCUUCAAUUAAGCCUUGAGCUCUGUGAGCGACACUUUGUCGCUGGCUUGAGUAAACCUGAGAUCAUGUUCGAGCCAACUUUGGAGAAGAUACAGGCACUGUUGCUUGGGAUUCAGGUUCUGAAAGCACAAGAGGAAACCGACGUCCAGAGGUGCUGGACUUUCCUUUCUCUGGCAUUCAAUAUGUGCCAGAGCAUCGGCUUACACCGACGUUCCACUUUAGAGAAGGAUGAGUUUGCUAUUGCUGAGGCAAAACGCCAUGCGUUCUGGGCACUUUACACCAUUGACAAGAAUAUCUCUCUCAAUAUUGGCGUGACAUCCCACUUUCAGGACCACGACAUCGAUGCAGACCUUUAUGCUCCUUCAAAUGAUCCCAAGUAUCGCCCGUGGGACUUAAUGGGGCUUGUGAUCGUCGAAUUCGCGAAUGUUCAGGGUAGAGUCUAUGACCAGCUGUACUCUACCUCUGCUUGUCGAGCAGAUGACGAGCAACGAUCAGCAUCAAUUGAGCGGCUGUCCUCCGACCUAAUGACAGUGCGGGACAAGCUUCUUGCGAUUGAUGUUAGUCGGGGUCUCUAUGCCGACUCACUACAUGGGAUGGCAGCCUGUGCAGAUUUUAUAGCAUACUCAGUAUUGACCGUCAUCUACCGCGCGCAGACCCAUCCACGCGACGUAAUGGCGGUUUCUUCCCAGUGCUAUGCAUCUGCGACUGCUGCUUUACAGAGUCAUCUCAAGUGCUUCACCUACUUCCGCGGUCGCCAGACACAUAAGCAAACAGAAUACGUAAAUUGGAUACUUCUUUAUCCUUCAUUUACACCCUUCGUCAUCGUCUUUACUCACGCCAUCACGACCGCCAGUACAGCAGAUCUCGCUCUGCUACAGGAUACCGCCAGCUCCCUAGAACUAAUUAAAGGCCUUUCACGAGGGUCAAUGCACUUAUACACUAUCUGUGACGCUUUUGUCCGGGCUGCCCAGAUCCUCGUGAACUCACAACAGACACUAACUGGGUUGGAACAACAUCAAGAUGGAUCCCUUGUUAUUCCCACAACUGAUGGGCCCGGAAAUAUUGCCCUACCAGAUGUUCCAUGGCCUGAAGAUACAUUUGAUUCCACCAUGAACCAGGCAGACAUAUCCAUGUUCCUAAAUGGCUUUAUUGGCACAAGUCGAUCGGUCAUGGAUAUUCUAAGCUUCGAUCCCAAUAGCGAUUCGAUUUAA